UCCUGGCUCCCACAGGGAAGUGCUUAUUCUACUGAGCCAUCUCCCUGCCCCCCUGAUGAGAGUCUUGAGUAGGGUCACACAGCUAAGUGGGGGUCACAUUGGAGCAGGAGUGGCACUCGCUGCGGAAAGCAAGUUGGCUGCCUGGAAGACCAGGUCUCUCCAUGUAGUCUAGGCUCUUCUUGAACUCACGUGUAGUGCACGCUGGCCUUGAACUCACAGCGAUCCUCCUCCCAUUCAGGUGGCACAAUGCAGACUCCUCUGGCCACUCCAGUGCCUGUGCUACGGCUCCCCCGUGGCCCUGAUGGCUUGAGUCGGGGCUUUGCCCCUGAUAGACGCUGGGCCCGCCUGCAGCCAGAAGCUCCUGGAAGCCAAGAAUGUCUUGUAGGUCAAGAAUCUCAGGAAUCCCAGGAACAGCAUGCCCGUGCCACCCUUCGGGAGCGCUACCUGCGCAGCCUGCUGGCCAUGGUGGGUCACCAGGUGAGCUUCACACUGCACGAGGGUGUGCACGUGACUGCCCACUUUGGAGCCACCGACCUUGAUGUGGCCAACUUCUAUGUGUCACAACUGCAGACUCCCAUAGGUGUGCAGGCGGAGGCUUUGCUUCGCUGUAGUGACAUUAUUGCGUACACCUUCAAGCCAUGAAGACAUUACUGUGUUCCACCUUUCACCACGGGCUUUGCUGCACUAUCCCAGGCUUCCUUCCAAAUGAACCUGGCCAGGAACUCUGGACCUGAGGAGCUUUGGGCUCUCUUGGAAUUCUAGCCAAGCUCCAAGCAUCUGUGGCUGCUGAGGACUUCCAGGAUCUACUCAGUAAAACUGCACCCCCAGGAAUUCUGAUGCCACUGAAAGGAUGGUUCUACCUUACGGCUGCGAACUCUCCCAAAUAUGGGCCAGGUGCCAGUUCUUGAAGACAGGGCAGAGGGCAGGGAUGAAGGAGGGCGAACUAUACAGUGGGGAGCAAUAUAUUCAAGAGGUUGCAAAAUUCUCCAUUGCUCCCCUCCCUCCUGCUAAAGAACCAAUCAUCCCAGGCAA